GCGGAGAUGCAUGGAUCUAGCACUUUCACUCUCGUCGGUCCGGCAUCAGCCAGGGGCCGCUGGCGCAGUGCCGCCGCGCCGUUGCCGUCGGUCGCACCGUUUUCUAUCGCGUAUCUCGGUAAAUGAUCCGCAGACCGAUAUCUCGUGUCAAUAGUAUGCUCUGCUGCCCAUUUACCGCGCCUACUCGUUGCUCUGCUGAAUAUCGAGAUCUCGUGAAAAACGUUUAGAUAUUUUUAGAAUAAGUAAUUCAUAAAAUCUGUGUUAGGUAGUUGAAAUCAUAUCUCACCGUGACACCGUCUAUGCUGUGGAUUUUCGCAAUUUUUUAUAUAACAUGUGUUUGUUAAUUGUGGACUUAAAUAUAAGAGCAAUAUCUAUUGUUCGCUGCGAGCAAGUGCGGUUCGAAAUCGGUAUUCAAAAUUUAGUGUUGUUUAUAGAGAAAGCCGUGAAUUCCGACGCGUAAAGAUUUCCUCUCUUGUAAAGAUAUAAAAACAAAUAGUGAUACAAAAGUGUUGUGACUAAAUCUAAAUUCAAAACCGCGACCAAAUCGAAUAAAUAAAAAAUAUUGAAAAUAAUUUUGAGAUAUUCAGUGGAUUCAAAUAAAUUGGAUAUCAAAAUUACAGUGUCAAGGUAAAAGCUGUAGACUGGACAGAUGCCGGCAUGUGAUCGAGUGAUGCGCACAUAAAGCUCCCUGUAAAUAAAUAAUGACCUAAUUGUACCUUACGUCUUCGCUAUUUCGGUUCCUGAAUGACACGCGAUUUGCUGGCCUGAUUGUGAAUGUCAAACAGUAUCAUGCAACAACUUGUGACGAUAGUACCUACAGGAUUACAUCAAUAUUCAGAAGAGAAACUUGUCGCGAGUGCAGUGCCUACUUUCGAAGAUUUCUAGAGGGCACUCCCUUUCUCUGUCGCCAUCUAAACAUACUAAAAUGACAAGUUUCACAGUCAGUUCGAAGGAAGAACACGCACUGAUAAAAAUGAGGAUUUCUUGAGAAAUGGUCUGAUCACUAUGUACUACGCCGACAUGCCUCAUUACGAUGAGAGCUUUUUUCACGAUGACAAUCAGAACCAGAGGAGAAAUAAACGCAGCUAUCGCGUUUAUAAAACUGGAUCCAGCCCUUUGGGUUUUUUUGACUCAAAUGAUGUUAUACACGUAAUUGAAGAUAGAGGUACUUCGGUCAUUAAGCGGAAUAUAAGAAAUAUCAAGCACCGUGGUAAUCGAUACAAGCCCGAUCCAGCGACUUCAUAUCCUUUGACACAUACUAAAUAUACAACACCGGAUAUAUUGAUAGAUCACUGUCCCCGUAUGAGUGUUUUUGACCCAAACAAGUUAUAUGAUCUGCGAAAUAAUAACAUAAUAUCCCCGUUAAGUCCCUGUAAAAGCUUUGAUAACUUAACGCUAAGACAGGGCAAGAGAAAUGUACCAAGGGAUAAAAUAAGAAAUGGAAUAAGUCUCCAAAAUUUGGCACACGAAGAAAGUUUGAAACAUUACGUUUCUCCUGAAGAAGAUUAUCUUGCAACUCAUCAGGGGGAUGUUAGAAAUUCUUAUUCAGUAGUGGAAGCUAGACGUAGACCUUUGCAACGUCGGUUUUCUCGAAGUACUGCGGCUCCCGGUGUCGGUGUCUAUCGUAAAAUCUGUGGAGACGGUGCGGCUGCAAGUUUAAAUGAGAACGAGGUUUGCGGUGAAGCGGGGUCGGGGCACCGCGGCUCGUUGCGCGGCGCCAACAAACUAGCGCGGCGCGCGCGCUCCUUCAAGGACGACCUACUGGAGCGCAUCUCUAACAUGCGCUCGCCCGCGCAGCCUCCACAUCCGCCGCAUCUCGCCUCCAAUAUCAGAUCGCACUCCCCACUUAGUCCGAAACCUCGGAACAUGGGGGUGAAAACUGUCACAGCGGAAGAAGGUGAAAUUACACCAGCCAAAGAACUCGAACGGCUAGUCAAAGAGGUCACAUUCGGCUUAAAACAUUUCUCCGAUGUCAUCACAAAGAGGAAACUGGAAAUGUUGCCGGACAACGGCACUAUUGUAUUCGAAUCGAUCGCGAACAUACACAAAGCAAUAAAACCAUACUGCAGCCGGUCCCCGUCACUAAUGAGCGCCGUGAAGAGAUUAUGUACAGCGCUAGCAAUGCUAAUACGCCUAUGCGAUGAAGUGACUGUAGUCAGUUUGCGAGCCGACGCUGAUAAUACAGAGAUAGAUAGAUCUACUGCGGCUUUAUCACCAGAGCAUGUGAGCUCUGUUGUGAAGGGUGUGACGUCAGCGGUGGAAGAAGUAGCAAGCCUCGCUCAGCAGCAUAUGACCCGACCGGCCUUGUCUCCGCGGUCGGCGCUCGUGUCUCCCAGAGCGUCUACACAGAGGAACUCCUUACCCGAUAUCCCCCUAACUCCCAAAGAGCUGUCGCAGCUGACAGGCGAGCCCGGCAUGGAGCCUGGCGGUGUGCGCGCGUCUCAUUCCUCGGAAUCUAUACUGGAUGCGCCAGACUCGCCGCCUCCGAAGCCUGCCAGGCCCAACCGGAAAAUCGAGUUGGCCCCUCCUUUGCCUCCGAAGCGCAAGUCAGCCAAUGAUAACUCCUUACUGGGACUGUCCAUAGACAGGCUAUCCCUGCAGUCUCACAGCAGCGGCUCUCUAGACUCAAUGCUCAACGUGUCAAAUGACGAGGAUCGGAACGCGCAUGACUCUAUGAACCAUGAAGUGUUCGUGACUCCACCUAAUUCGGAUUUAGUUGGUAUUUGCAGUUGCAACAAUAUAAGUGAAAUGCGAACGUCCGUCGAGUCGCACGACUCUCAUAUGAACAAUGUACAUGGACAUAAUAAUCACAAUCGCUUUUCCAACGAAUCCGGCUUCGUGUCGGUGGGCCACAAUGAAAUUUCUAUGGAGCACAAUUUCUCGUCGACGUUGUCUACGCAUCAUUACUCGAGCCACACGGACAGUACUUUUGAAAGUACAGAGUAUGUGAGCGAAAUGAAGUGCACUCUGCAGAGCGUUGAGAGCCGCAUGAAUAUGUUCAGUGUCAACUCUGUGACCAACUCGCACAACUCAAAGUUGGCCAGCAUCACAUCGGAUGAAAGCGAGACGCCGCCCGAGCUGCCUGCCAAGACGCGCCGCAACAUCCGCGCUGACAUGCAGCAGUACUUCCCCAAUGUUGAAAUCAGGAAGACACCGCCAUUCUCCAUACACGACGCACGCCCGCAUACGCUGGCCGAACAUAACCACCAGCGGCCGCCGCCGCUGCCGCUCAAGAAAAAACACAUGUUUCAAAGCGUCGCCUACAGCGUUAUGGCUUACAUGGAGAUGUUUGGAAACUGCAGUCACACGAACUCGCAAGUUUCGAUAAAUCCGGAGGCGCCGCCUGAUAUGUUUCGGCAUUCCAUACAUACUUAUAAUUUAACUAGUGCACAACACUCAAGCACGGGCACUAUAAGCGUGGGCCAUCAUCAAGUUCAGAGAUCGAUGGCUUCGUCACUAACAGUCCAACACUUGAGCACACCACCACUCAGUGGUUCAGAGGACAGCGUGAGUAUGAAAACUUCGAGCAGAACUAGUCCUGUGCCUCCCGAACCGCCGGCGCUACCACCAAAGAUGAAUAAAAGUAAACAGAUUUCAAUGAAUUCGAGCAAUGAACUACUGCCCCCGCCCUCCCCGCGGCCUUCGUCCCACAAUAGCUCGGCAGAUGAAUCUAUGUUAAAUCAUAAUGUGAGUUCGGAUGACUUGUACAUAAGUUCAACGUCGCCAGGCAAGUUCCCUGUGGAUGAUGAGGAUCUGGAUCGACUCGUGCGCCCCAUGCCGUCGCCCGCACCUUCACAGAGAAGCGAAAGCAGUACAGAGCCAACACAAGCGGCCACAGACGAUAAUGCAACAAGCAUAGCCGACCCCGACGAUAUUAUACUACAGACGGAAGUGAGCGGUUGGCUUCUAUUGAAAGGAACCAACAAGGAUGGCCCCGAAGUACGCGGCGGACAUCCGGACGCCUUGAUCGUACUCGCUACUAAAGCUACCAAAGAAUCGGACGAGUAUUUCGCGUACCAGGAAGCAUUCUUGGCUACGUACAGAACAUGGGUGUCCCCCAGCGAACUAGUGCACAAGCUCAUACGGCGUGCGCAUCACUAUAGGCCCAGACCACACGAGCUUCGAUCCACACUGAGUCUGCUCACUAGAGUCGUAGCUGAUCUCACAAUGUCAGACUUAGACCGAGCGCUGAUGCAAGAAAUCAUGGAAUUUAUUUACUGGCUAGUGGAAAGAGAAGAGUUGCCUAUUUCAAAAGCGCUACGACAAAUAUUGGUUGAUAAACAGAAACAAUUGCAUUUCCAAAAUACAAACAAUAGAUAUGAAUACGAUUCACCAUGCUAUGGAACUGUUUCACUACGACGAGACACGCUCCUGGACUUCAAAGCGAGUGAGCUAGCGGAACAGAUGACGUUGUUGGAUUCCGCACUGUUUGUGCGUAUAACGACCGCGGAGGUGCUCUCGUGGCCACGCGACCAGUCCGAGGAGAGAUCGCCAAACCUCACGAGGUUUACGGAGCACUUCAAUAAGAUGAGCUAUUGGGCGCGAUCGAGAAUAUUAGAGCAGUCCAACGAGGCGCGCGAGCGUGAGAGAUACGCAAACAAGGUGUUAAAGGUGAUGAAGGCGCUCCGUAAAUUGAACAACUUCAACUCUUACUUGGCGCUAGUAUCAGCAUUGGACUGUCCACCCGUGCGGAGGCUGGGCUGGCCCCGCGCCGUCGUGGAAGCGCUCAAAGACCACGUGGCGCUUAUUGACUCAUCGCACUCCUUCCGCGCUUAUAGACUGGCUUUGGCUGAGACACAGCCUCCCUGCAUACCUUACAUUGGCCUCUUCCUUCAAGACCUGACGUUUGUUCACGUCGGCAACCCAGACUUGCUCCCCGACGGCAGCAUCAACUUCACCAAGCGGUGGCAGCAGUACACUAUAAUGGAGAAUAUGAAGCGCUUCCACAAAGAGCAGUACAAAUUUAAGAAGAAUGAGCGUAUCCAGGCAAUGUUUAACGAGUUCGACGACGUGCUCAGCGAAGAGACCAUGUGGCAGAUCUCGGAGACCAUCAAGCCGCGCGGCGGUCGUUCGCGCAACGCUUCGGCGCCGUCGCCGCCCGCCGCUGCGCCGCCGCCCGCCGCCGCCGCCGCUGCCACAUAAGGUAACACUAGAAAGAUCCAAAGAAAAAUGACGAGCGAGGUGAUAGAAAAAACGAUUCGACAUAAAUGUGAGAUUUUGUCUAUGAGGAAUUGUUUAAUUUAGAUAAAAUAUUGUGAUUAUCUGUCCUAAAAUGGCCUAAUUAUUUUUAGUGUAUUUAUUGGUAAAUGCGAUUUCAACUGUGAUUGGUCCGAUUGCGAAUAGAGUGCUUGACAGAACAACACAACAUAUUAGAGUGCAUAUUUGGUUUUUAGACCUAUCCUAUAACUUAUUCCGUUUGAUUCUAACAAUAUCGAUAUUUGAAAAAUCUUUCAAACCAAGUAAUUGUGAGUGAAAUAUUGGGAGUGGUCUUUAUAUUACCAAAUCAAAUUAUCGUUAACUCUCGGAUAGGUCCAAUAACCAAGCAGGAAACAAAGCUUUCACUAAAAAAAAAUAGAAAAAAACCAAAAAUUGUUUAUCAGUAUUUAUACCGUUACUGUCAUACAUAUCAGCAUGUGACUUGCAUAGAGUACUACAAAGAAUACGAGUGACGCAUAGAUGUAGGUUAUUUCUGGUAAUCUUCUUGUUGUUGUGAUUUGCCAUUGAUGUCAGUAUAACUUAAAUAAGCCGACUUCGAAAGCUAAAUCUCAAUACAUCGAAUUAGUGGAAUCCAUAAGUGUUAAGAUCGUUAGGUGAUUUGCUAUACAUUUAGUAGCUUUAAGUAGCGCAUAUGGUGAAACUAAUUUACAAUACUUUGAUUUUGAGGUUAUUAUUAAAAUGUAUAGGCGUGUGAUAGACUGAUUUCCUAGUAACGUAUUCAUUUUUAUAUAUAGAUCGAGAAAACUUCUUUUUAACCGACUUCUUAUUAAUCAUACAGCACAGUUGAUAAUAAUGCUGUAUCUGAGUAGAUAGAUGUAUCUGAAUACAUUUUGACAUAUAAUUGUUUCAUCAUAUGUAAUCUAGUCUAUAACGCGUUGCGUGACUUUUUGUAAUGUCGGAAAUCUUUGAAUUGGACUUUUGCACGAUAUCUGCUUUCUGUCAUAAAAACGAAAUGGGACGAUUUUUUCUUGUUAAGAAAUUGGAUUGGAUAACAAUUUUGACCUAGAUUGUGCACCUUCAAUCAGAGCUAGUUUUCUCAAUUGUCUCACCUUGAAGUUGAUGACUGGAGCAUUUACAAAUAAAUAGUAAGAUAACACCAAUAUUUUACAUUUGUGCAUGCAUUUUAUAGUCAAUAUUGUGAGACAAAUUAAGAAUCUAUUUUAGUGAUAUUUACACGAACUAUAAUAUUAUGACUUGUAUAUAUAUGCUCGUACGCAUGCUGUACGUACGCAUACUGAAUGAAAACGUUGACAUUGAAAUUGCAAAAAACUUUUAGAUCUUCAACACAAUUGAAACAACCAAGUGUUAUUCAUAAGUCAUAACAAUCGCUUUGAUAAAUUAAUUAUAACAAUUAUUAUUAUUGAAAACUUCAAGUUAACGAAAAACAAGCUACUGAUAUUUAGUAGUAACAUUGUGUGCCAAAUAUCGAUCGAAAGAAGCGUCCCAUUUCAUUUAAGUAAAAGUGUAUUUUUGAAAAUGUUUGGAAUUGCUUUUUUAUGUAGUACACACACCAGUACAAGACUUAUACAUAUUGCGCAGGAUUGCAUAUUAAGUAUACAGUAUUGUUUAAUUAAUUACUGAAGCUAAUUACUAAUUAGGCGACGCACCCUGGCUUCGCUCAAGUGGUAUAUCUAUCUAAAGGCCAAAAUCAAUAAUUUAAUAAAAUCGCUCUAUCUGCAAUCCGGCGAUAAGUUAGUAUUUAGCAAAGUCGUAAUUUAUCAAAAAUUGUACGGCCUUUUUUGGCAAAUAAAAACGUCGCUAAUAGUAACUAUGUUAUCGGCAGAUUAUGGAUAGAUAGAUAGAUUAUUACUUUGGACGUUAAUGGGCUAUACUUGGCGAUUUACCACAAGUGGCUGGCCCUAGCUACUCUAAUAGCAUUAAGUUCUAUGGUGCAGUGUAAACCAAUACACUUAGAGCGAUGCAGACUUGAAAAAGACCGGUUUUGUAAAAACUCCGUUUUAAUAUGGUAUUUGUAUAAGAUCGCCCUUACACAGAUCUGCCGAGUGACCUUGGUGUCUUGGUUCUUGCAAUGCCUGUGAGUGGCUAUGACUUCUUUCUAGAUGGCUAACCGCCGUCAGCGCAAAUAUAAUUUACACUAAAUAUUUAUAUUAUUAACGUAAUAUUUUACGCGUGCUCUUAAAAUAAAAUUUAACACAUUAUUUUUGAUAAUCAGAAAUUAUAUUUUUCCUAUAAAAUGCGGCCUGCAAGGUGGCAGAUGUUUAAGAGUAAUCCUAAUUUUGGAGAUCGAAACAUGUUUAUGACAUCUUCACAGUUGGUGUCAUUUUAUUCUAUUUUAAAAUUAAGCUUUAGAUGCAGUGAAAGCUCUUUCGUAGCGAUAAAUGUAUUUAAGGAUUAUCUUGAACUGUUAGUGUCAAAUAUUCAUAACACUUAUCAAUUUUUAAUAGUAAAUAUGAAGAAAACAACUAACAAGUUGUCAGUCAUGAUGAAACUUCGCCUUAGACGAUUUGGUCUUGAAAUAGCAAUAUCGUUUUUUUUAUUUUGGAAAUUGCUGCACAUUUGUGAUAGUUAAUUAAUCGUUCACUUUUUCGGGUGCCGCUUACUACUCGGUUGACGUCCUCUUAUACAUAGAGAAAUUAUAUUAGACGAAUAUUAGUAUUUUAAGAGUACAUAAACCCCAUUGUAUCUGCUGAGGUGGGUAUGCGUAUUACUUAUACGGUUAUUUUAUUGGUCGCUAUUAUAUUAGUCCAUCGAAACUCGAGUUGGUCCGAUAUGACUAACCUUACACUUGUCACUCUAGCACUGUGUAGUCACCCUGUUAUGUUUUAAAAAUGUAAUUUGAGAACUGUUUACUAAAUUCAAUUCCAAAUAAUUAUAUAUUUUCCAUUAACUCUCUUCAAAGAAAAAUAAGCUAUAAUUUGAAAUUGAAUUUGUGUUGUUAUUUUUAUUAUGUUACGUAUGACAUGGAUUUUUUUACUAUUUCAAAAUCCUAAACAGAACGGACGUGUAAGGUUUUUCAUAAAUUUUAGAAUUUUCAAUAAUUAGAUCAUAGUUGACAUAUUGGCGAUGUAGUGUAAUAAUGUAUUUGCAACGAUCUGGUAGUUCGUUUAUCUUAAUUGGGGCGGACGCCCCUCGCAAUAAAUAACUAGACCAAUAUUUAGAAUGUUUUACAGUGCUUUAUUGAUACGAUAUGCUGAUAUUGUAAUUUGUAUGUAAAAUAAUUUGAUUCGUAGUUAAGUUGUAGGUAUGUUACCAUAUUUUUUGUUGUCUGGUAUCGUAUUGUAUAUUUAUUUAUCAUGAGCUCUAGUUUUUUAGAACAGCAGUGCCGUCGCGUAGCGGCCACGAUUUGCAUCGAAUGACAUCACUGAAACGUCUUUUGAAACUUGAUGGUAUACGUUCCGUUUGUGAAACCUCGUCGCUCACUCACAUCACAGCGCCUGGCAGCGGCUACAAUAUUUCGGCACUACUAUCCUAAGAGACCUAAGCUAUACGGAAUAAGGGCAGAUACGGAAAACGCUGAAAUAAAAGGUGUUUCACAAAAUCAAUCGAUCAAGAAAGUAGUGAAGUGGUUGUUCGUUUUAAGCUAUUCUCACCCACAUUUCAAAUCAUCAAAAACUACUUAUAGCUAGAAGUAUCAGCCCUUAUUCUGUAACGUGUUUGUAUGUAAUUGAAAUAUAUUAAAGACUGCCUAAAUUAAUUACUCAGUAUAAUGGAUGUGUAAACUAGCUACGUUUGAUUAAAUCUCUUGUGUCACAGCGUAGUGAUAACUACAUUUAUUUAGUGAAAAGUCGCCUGUUGCAAUUUUUGGUACUGUAGGUUCUAAUAUGAUAAUUGUUUUCUAGCGAUGUCGAUAUUUAUUAAAUUUUAUAUAAAGAUGUCACUUUUAGAACAGCGUACUCUGUUGUAUUAGCAAGUUCAGUAUUAUGUUUAAUGAAAUGCCAUACUGUAUCAAAUGGAUUUAUAUUAUUUUGUUAUGCGAUUGUUUUACUUUUAUAAAAUAACGUUAUGAUUUAGCAUUUUCUUACUAUAAAUUAAAUGCGUUUGCAUUUGUAAAUUUCUUUUGAUUAGUUUUGCAUUAUCUAUAUCUGAAUUGCAUGCGUAUUUUGUACAGUUUACAUUUUUGUGUGUCAAGUUUUCUUUGUAAUUAUUUUGUAAUAUAAAUAUAGCACGUUAUUUACAAUCUGAAA